UAGGAUUUAUAUUUGAAUGUAAUUAUUGUAUGUAUAGAUUAUAGUGCUUCGAUUUAUUGUCUAAACAAAACAACUAGAUUUUAGAUAUUCUUACUGUAAAAAAAUUGAAUACAAUUACGUGAGUUUAGAGCCACUGGCAAUAAUUGUGUUAUUUACUUUUUGGACAUGGCCUUUAACGAAAACCAAACUGUCAUUUAUGAAUUAGUCCAGAUUUUUGUAAAAUCAAAAGAAUGUCUUGCUCACUUGAGGACCUACGUAAAACAGGACAGUUUGGUAAUGCGAGAUGCAAUUGGACACGAUUGGGGUGGGUUAAAAGUCAAUGCCACAUAUGAUAUUAUUGCAUCUCCUGGUAACCCAAAGGGGACAAAUGCCCUGUUUGGCGAAAUUGAGACGUAUCUUACGAAUAACAUAGAAACUAUUUUCCCAUUAUCAAGUGAUCUUUCACGAGCUGGAAUUCGUAAACUAGUGCAUUAUGUGCUAAUGCCAGAGGUACUAAGAUAUGGUGUGGCAGUUGAAACAUCCCAUUACAAUCUUGCUCCUAAUGUCAUCAGAGACAUUGUAUGGUACGGGUAUGACCACUUAGUAUCUGUUAUUGCAAAAUGUGGAAAUGGAGAUAAGACUCAAACUCAUACUUCUACUAGUGACUUAAAAUCAACAGCCACAAUAGUCUCGAACAAAGAGAAUAUGAAUGCUGUCUUCAGUGGCAAGUCUGCUUUAAAUUGUAAUGCUGAUUCUAACUUAAUUGUUAUUGCAUCAGUAGUAGCCCCUGUAGUUUUAACUACAGAGGGGAAUUUAUUGAAGAAGACAGUGUAUAUGACAGGAGUGGAAACAUGUGGCAUAAAUUCCCAAUGUGAAUAUGCAGAAAAAGCACAAAGUGUAACCCCUAGUACUGAUCCAGAAGCAACAGCCCAAGUUAGCUCAAGAAAUCAGAAUGCAAACAGUGGCAAGUUUGAAAUAAACAUUAAUGUUAAUGGUGAUGGAGGCGUAACUGUUAAUGGCGCAGAUGCAGUCCCCAUAGUUUUACCCGCAAAGGUGAACAUAUCAGAAAAACCUGUGAAUAUGAUAGCCAGGGAAAAAAUUAGCAAAAAUAGGAGUGCCACCAAACGCAAAUUCUGUUGCCUUCCAUGGCACAACACAGAGAAAACUUCAACUAGCAAGGAUUACGUUCAGUUGAACAAUCUUGGAGUAGGUAUGAGAUAAAUUUCAAACACAUAAUUACAAUACACAUAUACAAUUUUCA